GUGAGGUCGAUAGCUAGACAUCAGUGCGUCUUCUCAGGUCUUAUUUAUUAUGGGAAAUUGGAGAAGAUAGCCAUUGCCUAAUCCUCCAUUGCCCCACCCAGCAGGAGAGGGGGCAUCGAUUUAUCCUCCAUUGCCCACCCGAGAAGGAGAGGGGGCGCUGGGACUACUACCGUAGGAAGAAGCUAAGUUUGAAACCCGCAUAGACUACAAACCAGACCCAGAACCAAAGCAGAUAGAGAGAGAGAGAGAGAAAAAAAAAAAUAGAGUAACAUCUAUGUCUCUCUGUCUUCCUGUUUUCUAUCCUCCUCACAUCUCCACUCCUUUCCUCCCCCCGCCACUCUCUUCUCUUUCUUCCCGUCUUAAAUCCUUCCAUUCUUUCCUUUAUCACCACCCUCAACCGCCUCCACAUGGACGUCCUACAAUCUAUGCGUUUUUCCAUUACAGAGGGAGUGAAAGGUUGAGACCUGCUCCUCUGGCGAAAAAGCGGCCACAUGGGUUUUUCAGGGCGUCUUCUUGUAGGAGCUUUAGAAGUGAGACAGGUGCAGAGUUUGGGAGGGGGAGUGAAGAAGAAGAAGAAGAAGAUGAGAAUAAUAGUGAUGUGAAAUUAGGGGCAGAGGAGAAUUGGAAAAUUGGGUCUUGUCGUUUGCCUGAUAGAUGGGAUGUCUUGGGUCUUGGACAAGCCAUGGUUGAUUUCUCUGGUGUGGUUGAUGAUGAAUUCUUGGAUAAGCUGGAAUUAGAGAAGGGAACAAGGAAGGUUGUGAAUCAUGAGGAGAGAGGUAGAGUUUUGCAAGCUAUGGAUGGUUGCAGUUAUAAGGCUGCUGCUGGUGGAUCUCUUUCCAACAGCUUAGUUGCCUUGGCUCGGCUUGCUGGUACGCCCAUUGGAGGACCUGCCUUGAAUGUAGCCAUGGUAGGCAGUGUUGGGAGCGAUCCAUUGGGUGGCUUCUACAGGGCAAAACUGCAUCGGGCAAAUGUGCAUUUUCUAUCUGAACCCAUCAAAGAUGGGACAACAGGGACAGUGAUAGUUCUGACAACUCCAGAUGCUCAUCGUACAAUGCUUGCAUAUCAGGGUACAUCUUCAGCUGUUAAUUAUGAUCCAAGCUUAGCCAGCAUAGUGUCAAAGACAAAUAUACUUGUUGUUGAAGGAUACUUAUUUGAACUUCCCGAUACAAUUAAAACAAUAAUAAAAGCAUGUGAGGAAGCACGAAGGUGUGGUGCCCUUGUUGCUGUCACAGCAUCGGAUGUUUCCUGCAUUGAGAGACACUAUGAUGAUUUCUGGGAAAUAUUAGGGAACCUUGCCGACAUUGUUUUUGCAAACAGUGAUGAAGCUAGAGCUUUAUGUCAUUUUGCCUCAAAGGAAAGUCCCAUUUCAGCCACAAGGUAUCUGAGCCAUUUUGUUCCCCUAGUCUCAGUCACAGAUGGGCCGAGAGGCUCCUACAUAGGUGUAAAAGGAGAAGCUGUAUAUAUUCCCCCUUCUCCAUGUGUACCAGUGGACACUUGUGGUGCUGGGGAUGCAUAUGCAUCUGGUAUCUUGUAUGGUAUUUUACGGGGGUUGUCAGAUUUGAGAGGAAUGGGUACAUUGGCAUCUAGGAUUGCAGCUACAGUUGUUGGGCAACAGGGGACCCGGCUUAGAGUUCAAGAUGCAGUUGAUUUAGCAGAAUCAUUCACAUUCCAUUAUGAUAGCUCCACUGUUCGAUCUGAUGUCAGUUCGGAUCAUAUUUCCAGCUUCUAGUCAGUUCCUCUUGGGUCCCUCUACAUUGUUUCCUUUGUUCGUAUCUUUGUAACUGUACAUUCUAUGAUUGUACAUUGGCUAAUUUGGCAAUGAAAUUGCUUAGGCUUUUGAGUAGGUCAGCAGUGUCAUGAAACUUGGUCACAAUUGUAUCAGAAUGCCCAAAUAAGCAUCUUUUCGUGGGAAAUAUCGAUAACACCCUGCUUUGCUUC